AUGUUUAAUUUUGGAUCUAUUUCUCCUUCACGUUUAACUCCAUUUGACAUUGAAGCAUAUACAAAGGCUGCCGUAAUUCGUCAAAACCAGGAAAAUGCAUUUAUAGCACAUAUGAGUACACUUGCUGCGGCUAGGCGCGCUAGUAUUGCAAGAGAUCAAAUAAAAAAUGGAACAAAAACUAAUAUUAAUUAUCCUAGAGAAGAUGUACAUGGAAUUCCAGAACUUUUACAAAGAUUUCUUGUCCAACGAGAAAAAGAUCAUCUAGCACAAAUACAAAGUAUUAUGUUUCAAGGACAAAAUAGAGGAAUACUUGGAGAAGAUGAACGUUUUAGAGGAAAUGAUAGAAGUAACCAAAUGAUAGAAAGAUUUUUAAAUCAAAAUAAUAGAGGAAAUAAUGUUUUCCAACCAAAUGGAUUAAAUCCAGGAACAUUUAAUGCACUUCCAAUUUUUAAUAGAGAACUUUCCAGAGAACGUUCACCAAUAACAGUAACCAGUACAGUUAUUGAUUCACCUAAAAAGGAAGAAACACAUCUUAAACGUUUAUCUAUGCCUAAGAAAAUUAAUGAAGAUUCAUUAAACGAGACAAUGUCUUUAGUUUCACUUAAUGAACUUCCGAUUACAGUAGAAGGAGAUAGAAUUGAAAAAUCAUUUGAGAUCUCAAAUUAA